GGCGAAUUGAGUUUCGUAUUCGGGAAACCUUUUUCCCCUGACUCCCACCUCGACUCCAUCCCAUCCUCGACCAACGCUCCUCGACACUUCUCGAUAGGCACUGCACUCGAUAGAGCACCUGCACUCGAGAGAAGCACCGAUAGAAGCAGAAAACAGCAGCAGCAGCAGCGGCAGAAGAAGAAGAGCACAGAAGCAAUGGUUGCUCCUCCGUUCCUCGUCUCUGCUCCUGGCAAGACCAUCAUCUUUGGCGAACAUGCCGCCGUCUACGGCAAGCCUGCGAUUGCAGCAGCGCUCUCGCUGCGCACAUACAUGCUCGUCUCGAACCACGACCUCCCGCAAGACGUUAUCUCGCUCGAGUUCCCCGACGUCAACCUCCAGUACUCCUGGCCGCUCUCCACCCUCCCCUGGUCCUCUGUCCCCUCGCUUUCCUCUCCCCAGAGUCCCCCGACCGAGCUCGACGACGCGCUUGUGAAAGCGCUUGACGCGCCGCUCACUGGAGUCACCGGGUUUCCCCAGCGCAGCGCGGCCCUCGCGUUUCUCUACAUCUACAUGUGUCUUAUGAACGACAAGCGCUCCGCCCUGCAAGGCGUCACUUUCUCCGUCCGCAGCACGCUGCCGAUUGGCGCGGGUCUGGGCUCUUCCGCCUCUGUAUCCGUCUGCAUCUCUGCCGCAAUCUGCCUCCUCUCCGGCGCCGCCCCCGCGCCGCCUUUGACCGCAGCAACAGCAACAGCAGCAGCCGACGCGGCGAACCUCGCAGCAAUCGACACGAUCGACGGAUGGGCGUUCCUCGGCGAACGCUGCAUCCACGGCAACCCGUCCGGGAUCGACAACGCGGUGGCGACGCGCGGUGGAGCGGUGAUGUUCCAGCGCAUGUCAAAGGGCUCGCCGAACGUGCUCAAGUCGAUGCGCAGCUUCCCUUCGCUGCGCCUGCUCCUCAUCGACUCCAAGCAGCCCCGCCGGACGGCCGUGCAGGUCGCGAACGUGGCCUCGCUGGUCGAAGAGUACCCGCUCAUCACCGAGCCGAUCAUGAACGGGAUCCACUCGCUCACCGACGAGGCGUACCGCCUGCUUCUCCUGCCCGCGGCCGAGUGCGACGCAGCAUGGGCUGCUAAACUGCGCGGACUGGUGCGGAUCAACCACGGCUUGCUUGUCGCGCUCGGGGUGAGUCAUCCGAAACUCGAGCUCAUCCGCGCGGCCGCCGACGAGCUCAAGAUCGGCGAGACAAAGCUGACGGGAGCCGGCGGCGGCGGGUGCGCAAUCACGCUUGUGCAGGACGGGGUGACGGAGUCGACUGUAUCGGAGCUGCGAAGCCGACUGUCGCAGUACGGCUUUGACGUGUACGAGACGCGGCUGGGCGGCACGGGCGUGGGCUGCUUGUUUCCGACAAAGGUCGAUAAGGCGGAGUGGGAGGAGUGGGAGGAAAAGCUGUUUUCGCUGCAUCAUUUGCUUGCGCUCGAGGGCCGGGAGCAUAUCGAGGAGACGGUCGGCGUCGAGGCGGUCGAUGCUUGGGCGUUUUGGUGAUGGCUGACUUGCUGGCUUUUGUAUAUUUACCUUGCGUCUAUAGCUUGUAUCUAUCUUGUAUACUAAUACUGUGAAUAUUAAUAUUACUA